GUGACCGGAAGUAGACUACUACCCACUCUUUUCUCUGUGCUCCGUGGCGCUCUGUAAGCAGAAGCUGCUGUCGACUGCUGGUUUCGUGAGAAACAUUUCCGCUUCGAGCACAGGCAGACAUGGACGAACGCAAAACCAGGUGAUUGUUGGAACAAAGCGGAGCCAUGAAAUGCCAGCAAAGCGUCGCGUUUUAGAGGAAUACUUUGUGCGAUGUGAGCAGGAGGAACGCGAUGCAGACUCCCCAGCUGUAGGUCGCAUGCGGACGUGAUGCCCAGGCGGGGGUUCCCCUUGCAGGGCCGGGUCCGCUGGCUCCUGCUGGCCCUCUUCCUGCUCCUGGUGCUGCUGCUGUUUGCCUACCUGCUGGAGUGCACGCCGCCGGCCGACGCCAGCCAGACGCUACCCGGCGUGGUGGGCGAGCCCUUCAACAGGGAGUACUACCAAACGCUGCUGCAGGAGCACGAGGAGCGCCACCUGAGCCGCGUCUACAGCCUCAAGCGCCAGAUCGCGCAGCUCAAGCAGGAGCUGCAGGAGAUGAGCGACAAGCUGAAGCUGAUGCAGGAGAAGAAGGAGCCGCCGGGCGUGCAGGGCCUGGGCGAGAACCAGGAGCCUGGCGACCUGCUGGAGUUCCUGCACUCCCAGAUCGACAAGGCCGAGGUCAACGCCGGGGCGCGGCUGCCCAGCGAGUACGCCCUGGUGCCCUUCGAGAGUUUCACCUCCUCCAAGGUGUACCAGCUGGAGAUGGGGCUGACGCGGCACCCGGAGGAAAAGCCGGUCCGCAAGGACCGGCGCGACGAGCUGGUGGAGGCGGUGGAGGCGGCGCUGGACAUCAUCAACAACCCGGACGAGGAGGACGGCGUGGAGGAGGACGUCCCCGUGCAGAGGCAGACCUACACUGACAGCCACUUUAUGGAAGGCCUGUACAGGACGGAGCGGGACAAAGGGACGCUCUACGAGCUUUUCUUCGCCAAGGAGGACUCCAGCAGCUUCCGGCACGUUUCGCUCUUCCGGCCGUUCGGGCCGAUAAUGAAAGUCCGCAGCACAUCGGUGGAGACACUGGGGAUGAUCAUCAACAUCAUCGUGCCGCUGGCGGGCCGAGUCGACACUUUCUCACAGUUCUUACAAAACUUCAGGGAGGUGUGUGUUCAGCGGGACAGGCAGGUCCAUCUCACCGUGGUUUAUUUUGGACAGGAAGGUCUGCAGGAAGUGAAGUCAUCGCUGGAGAAAAUGUCCAGAGAGGAGACUUUCUCCAAUUACACUCUGAUCCCGGUGGAUGAGGAGUUUUCUCGCGGCCGCGGUCUGGACAUCGGCGCCAACGCGUGGAAGAACGGCGACGUCCUGAUGUUUUUCUGCGACGUAGACAUUCGUUUCUCCGUGGACUUCUUGAACACGUGCCGGCUCCAAGCCGCUCCCAAUAAGAAGGUUUUCUACCCGGUUGUGUUCAGUCUGUACAAUCCGGCCAUCGUUUACGGAAGCUUGGAGCUGGCUCCACCUAUUGAACAGCAGCUGAGUCACAAAAAAGACGCUGGAUUUUGGAGAGAUUUUGGAUUUGGAAUGACCUGCCAGUAUCGCUCAGAUUUCCUAAACAUUGGCGGCUUUGAUCUGGAAGUGAAAGGCUGGGGCGUGGAGGACGUCCACCUGUACAGGAAGUACCUGCGGAGCGAACUGAUCGUGAUCCGGUCGCCGGUGUCCAGCCUCUUCCACCUGUGGCACGAGAAGCAGUGCGCAGACGAGCUGACGCCGGAGCAGUACCGCAUGUGCAUCCAGUCCAAAGCCAUGAACGAGGCGUCGCACCCCCACCUGGGCAUGCUGGUCUUCCGGGACGAGAUCGAGGCCCACCUCCGGAAGCAGGCCUUCAAAACGCAGAGCAAGAUGGAGGCCUGAGGAAGAGACCGGUGUUCCCAAACGAGACUUAAAGCUGCAGUACGCAACUUUUAUUAAAAAUAGGUUUCUACACGUUUUAUAUGAAACAGAUAAUCUGCGAAAAGAUCGAUCUCCUCCACCUGAGCUAUUACCUUCUGAAGAAAUGUAUCAAAAACAACCAAUCAGAGCCAGGAGGAGGGGCUUAGCGCUGUCAAUCAUCAUCGUGAACGCACUGAUAAAUGUCCGAAUGAUGGAGAAACAACUUCCUGUUGCAGUAAAAACAGCUUAUCCUCCAUCAUUGGUUGUCAGGCUAACUAGCCUAGCGUUCAUGACAGAAGAAAUAGGGGGAGGCUGAAUGACAGCGCUAAGACCCGCCUCCUCCCGGCUCUGAUUGGUUGUUUCUCGAUAGUACAGGGAGAAGGUUUUUUU